ACAGUGCAAAUUUAUACCUACUUAUAUUAUAAUUGCAUUUGUGGUUUAGUAGAAGUCUGUCAGUGUGACGUGACGUAAAUUAACAUUUAAAUUUUCUUCAAUUUAAUUUAAUAUACUCGGUGUAUUGCAUAGGAAACGAUCAAUAGAGAGGUACGCACGUAUUAAAAACGACUUGUAAUAGAAAAAAAGAAAAACAGUAAAAAAUCGAAAUCGAAACACAUAAACGUAAUCAAUCGCGCAGUAAUCAGUGGCCGUAAGGCAGCCACCUUUAAGAGUUAGGGCAGUGGCCCAAGCAAUAAAACCACCAGCAGCAAAAUGGAUCAACUAAUUCCAAUUGUUAAUAAACUACAAGAUGCAUUCACGCAAUUGGGCGUGCAUAUGCAACUUGAUUUGCCACAGAUCGCUGUCGUAGGCGGUCAAUCGGCUGGAAAGAGUUCUGUGUUGGAGAAUUUCGUUGGCAAAGAUUUCUUGCCACGUGGUUCUGGCAUUGUAACGCGUCGUCCUUUGAUUUUGCAAUUGAUUAACGGUGUUACCGAACAUGGCGAGUUUCUGCAUUGCAAAGGUAAAAAAUUCACCAGUUUCGAGGAGAUCCGCAAAGAGAUCGAAGAUGAGACGGAUCGUGUGACGGGCAGUAACAAGGGUAUUUCGAAUAUUCCAAUCAAUUUGCGUGUCUACUCACCACACGUACUCAACUUGACACUGAUCGAUUUGCCUGGUCUCACCAAGGUCGCUAUCGGCGAUCAACCGGUUGAUAUUGAACAACAAAUCAAAGGAAUGAUCUUUCAGUUUAUACGUAAAGAGACCUGUCUCAUUUUGGCCGUAACACCAGCCAAUACAGAUUUAGCCAAUUCCGACGCAUUGAAAUUGGCCAAAGAGGUGGAUCCGCAGGGUGUACGCACGAUUGGUGUCAUCACCAAGCUUGAUCUUAUGGACGAAGGCACAGAUGCACGUGAUAUUUUAGAGAAUAAAUUGCUACCGCUACGACGCGGCUACAUUGGUGUGGUCAAUCGCUCACAAAAGGAUAUUGAGGGACGCAAGGACAUCCAUCAAGCAUUGGCUGCUGAACGCAAGUUCUUCCUUAGUCAUCCAUCUUAUCGACAUAUGGCCGAUCGUCUGGGUACACCCUAUUUACAGCGAGUACUCAACCAACAGUUGACCAAUCAUAUUCGUGAUACGCUUCCCGGCUUGCGUGAUAAAUUGCAAAAGCAAAUGUUGACACUGGAAAAGGAUGUCGAGCAAUUUAAGCACUUCAGACCCGAUGAUCCCAGCAUUAAGACAAAGGCGAUGUUACAAAUGAUCCAACAGUUACAGUCAGAUUUUGAGCGCACCAUUGAAGGUUCCGGUUCAGCUUUGGUUAAUACAAAUGAGCUAUCAGGUGGUGCUAAAAUCAAUAGGAUAUUCCAUGAGCGCUUACGUUUCGAAAUAGUUAAAAUGGCUUGUGAUGAAAAGGAAUUACGUCGCGAAAUCUCUUUCGCUAUUCGUAAUAUUCAUGGUAUUCGUGUGGGCCUCUUCACACCCGACAUGGCCUUCGAGGCGAUUGUUAAGCGUCAAAUUGCACAAUUAAAGGAACCGGUCAUCAAGUGUGUCGAUCUAGUCGUACAGGAGUUGUCCGUUGUGGUGCGCAUGUGCACAGAUAAGAUGUCGCGCUAUCCACGCUUGCGCGAGGAAACCGAACGCAUCAUCACCACACACAUACGCCAGCGUGAACAGUACUGUAAGGAACAAAUCCUGUUACUCAUCGAUUUUGAAUUGGCUUACAUGAAUACCAAUCACGAGGAUUUCAUUGGCUUUGCAAAUGCUCAGAAUAAAUCUGAAAAUGCCAAUAAGACUGGUACGCGCCAGCUUGGCAAUCAGGUUAUACGCAAAGGUUACAUGGUUAUACAGAAUUUGGGUAUUAUGAAAGGCGGUUCACGUCCCUACUGGUUUGUGCUGACAUCGGAGAGUAUUUCCUGGUACAAGGAUGAGGAUGAGAAGGAGAAGAAGUUCAUGUUGCCGUUGGAUGGUUUGAAAUUACGCGAUAUUGAACAGGGCUUCAUGUCAAUGUCAAGACGUGUCACAUUUGCUUUAUUCAGUCCAGAUGGACGUAAUGUUUAUAAGGAUUACAAACAACUCGAGUUGUCUUGUGAGACCGUUGAGGAUGUGGAAUCGUGGAAGGCUUCAUUCCUACGCGCUGGCGUAUAUCCUGAGAAGCAGGUGGCACAGGAGAAUGGCGAUGAGCAGGAAGGCCAAGAGAAAACGAAAAACUCUGCCAGCGAAGAGAGCGCUUCGGAUCCACAAUUGGAACGUCAAGUGGAGACCAUUCGCAAUUUGGUCGACUCAUACAUGAAGAUUGUCACAAAGACCACACGCGAUAUGGUACCAAAAUCCAUAAUGAUGUUAAUCAUUAACAAUACAAAAGAUUUCAUUAAUGGUGAGCUGUUGGCACACUUGUAUGCCACGGGCGAUCAGGCACAAAUGAUGGAGGAGUCGGCGGAAUCAGCGACAAAACGUGAGGAGAUGCUACGCAUGUAUCAUGCCUGCAAGGAAGCGCUUAGAAUUAUUGGUGAUGUAUCCAUGGCCACAGUGUCAUCGCCGCUACCACCGCCUGUCAAAAAUGACUGGUUGCCCAGCGGUCUGGAUAAUCCACGACUCUCGCCACCAAGUCCAGGUGGUCCUCGGAAGCCAGCACCAACAUCACAGGGCUCAUUGGGCAGCGCCGGUGGUCGUGGCCCACCACCACCACCUGCUUCAGGGCGUCCAGCGCCAGCGAUUCCAAAUCGCCCAGGCGGCGGCGCACCACCAUUGCCAGGCGGUCGUCCUGGCGGCGCUUUGCCACCACCACUAUUACCUUCUCGUCGCUAAAUUUACUGCAUACCAUAACCGCACUUUAAUUGAUAUGUGUUUACAAAUAUUACUAUCCUCCUAACAUUCACAUUGCAAAUUACUAAAUUAAUUACUAAAAAAUUAAAUAAGUAAAAGUAAAUAGUAUAAAUAUAUAUACAUACGAGUAUACCGGCAUCUGAAGCAUUGAGUAGAAAAUAUGGCAAUGAAUUAGAAAAAUGUUCACCAAAAAAGGGAAUUUGGUUCCGCCAUAAACAAACGAAGAAGUUUAGUGCAAUAUGUUCACCCAAACAUUUAUAGUUUUGAAAUUCUGCAGCAACAAAUUUAAUGCAAAAUAUAUAGAAAGUAAACUGUACACCUAUACAAAUGCAUAAAUGAAAGUAAUUAAUUAAAGUAAGAUUAGCGUGUUACUGCAAACGAAAAAAAAAAUUAAUUUAAAUAAAGGAAAAAUUUUAUUUACCUUGAGUUGUUUUGUAAAAUCGCAUAAAACAGUUCAACGCUUAUUGAAGUUUGCAAAAAUAAUAUAUAUAUAAAUAUAAUAUAUAAAGUACAUGGCAAUGGAAUAUGACUCAAAAAAGCAAAAAAUAAACUGUAACAAUUAUAAUGGUAAAGUUAAAGAUAGUAGUUAAAGAAAAUACAUAUACAUACAUAAAUUCACUAAAUAUUUAAAUAAUCAUAUAAAAUGUUUUGCCAUUAUUUCUAGGCAUAUUGUUGUUAUUGAUUGUAAUGAAGAUAUGCAAUAAAAGUUAAAUAAAUUAUAAAAA